CUGGUGUGGUGUCCGUAUGAGGUACGGUGGUAAACGUGGCAGCUUUCUCGGUCUCUAACUAAUCUCUCUCCUCUCUCUGUGAUCACUGGAGCAUUACUACAAACGGUUUCGCUGCAAAUCCAUAUACCUGUGAUGGGUUCAUGAGCUCUGCUUUCCUCUAUAAUUUUUCCGCCGAUGAGGAAUGUCUUUGCUACGCUCAAGCGUCACCGCCAUGUCACUCUGCUAUCCCAAACUUUACGCCAUGACAGAAAUAUGGAGACCAUUAUACCAAAAUGCAUACAAUUGGGAUGCCAUAAAUAUGUUGAAAUUAGAUGGAAACAAGAUAAUUGGUUUCCAUAUCAGUUGUUACAACGACAUUGUAUUUCCACCAGCGUGCAUGGUGAAAGGCCAACUGCAGAGUAUGCAAAGUUGAGGAAGGAAUCACUAGAAACUCAAUUUAGGCAUGCUCUUGGAGCUUACGGCUCCAAAAGUCCAUUUUUGGCUUUGUAUAGAGCAGCAAUUGUUUCAUUUUAUGUGUUGAAGCUGACAAUCUGGCAAUGCUUUGUCCAUGACAUAAAAAAACGCGCCGUCAAGUUUCGGCAAACUCUUAUCCACUUGGGACCUUUCUACAUCAAGCUCGGGCAGGCUUUGAGCACUAGGCCGGAUAUAUUACCAACCGUAUACUGCCAAGAGCUUGUUAAGUUACAGGAUCAAAUACCCCCAUUUCCAACGCGUUUUGCAAUUAAAUCUAUUGAAUCUCAGCUGGGUGGUCCCAUUUCACAACUUUUUGCUGACAUCAGCCCAGAGCCUGUUGCAGCAGCAUCCCUAGGGCAGGUCUAUAAAGCUCACCUGCACUCUGGGGAGCUGGUAGCCGUUAAAGUACAAAGGCCUGGUAUGUCACUUGCAUUGACCCUUGAUGCCUUAUUAUUCCAUAUGAUCGGAGGCCAAUUAAAGCGAUUUGCUAAGGCCCGCAAAGAUCUACUUGUAGCAGUGAAUGAGAUGGUGAGGCAUAUGUUUGAUGAAAUUGAUUACAUCCGAGAGGCAAAAAAUGCUGACCGUUUUGCUUCUCUCUAUGCUUCACGCCCAAGUGAUGGGCAAAAAGGUGAUUCAAAGCCUACAGCUAGGAGAACUUUUAAACAUAAAGAGGCAAACACUAUAAAAGUUCCAAAAAUAUAUUGGGACCUUACCUGUAAGGGUGUGCUUACAAUGGAGUGGAUUGAUGGAAUUAAGCUUACUGAUAACGUUGGCCUAAAGAUGGCUGGCCUGAACAGAAAAAAACUAAUUGACCAGGGAUUAUACUGCUCUUUGAGACAAUUGCUUGAGGUGGGAUUUUUUCAUGCCGACCCGCAUCCUGGUAACCUUGUUGCCACUAAUAGUGGUGCUCUUGUGUAUUUUGAUUUUGGAAUGAUGGGUGAAAUUCCUCGACAUUAUCGUGUUGGACUUAUUCAAGUGCUUGUGCACUUUGUUAAUCGUGACUCCCUGGGUUUGGCAAAUGACUUUCUUUCUUUGGGAUUUAUUCCUGAAGGGGUUGAUGUACAAUCAGUUGCCGAUGCCUUGCAAGCAUCCUUUAGUGACCGGACUAGACAGUCUCAAGAUUUCCAGGGAAUAAUGGACCAACUCUACGAUAUUAUGUAUGAAUUUAACUUCUCUCUUCCCCCGGACUAUGCCCUGGUGAUAAGGGCCCUGGGAUCACUAGAAGGCACUGCCAAAGUCCUCGAUCCUGCUUUCAAAGUCAUUGAGAGUUCAUAUCCUUUUGUGAUUGGAAGACUUCUGGCUGACCCAAAUCCUGACAUGAGAAGAAUUUUAAGACAGCUUCUCAUAUGUAAUGAUGGAUCCAUAAGGUGGAAUAGGCUAGAACGCCUGAUUGCAGCAAUAUCUGAACAGGCUUCUGAGUCUGCUGAGGAGCACCCUAAUUCUGGGGAGAGUUCUCCAAAUCCGUUGAGAAGUAAAUCAUUUGACAUGCAUGCUGUUGUUGCCGCCACUGAAGAUCUUUUACGCUUCAUUCUCUCUGAGAAGGGUCAGAGGGUGCGUGUAUUCCUUGUUCGGGAUAUAAUUCAUGCAGCUGAUGCUUUUAUUCAGGAUGAAGUUGUCGGUUGCAUGUUCGACGAGAAGCCUGAAGCCAGAGGCUCACCUGAGUCUGAGGGACACGACACGCUCAAAAGGGUCGUAAAUGGGUUUCGGUAUCUCCGUCAAGCUGUAAAGUUGGCCCCAGAGGUGUGGACAGAAAUGCUUGUACGCAUGGCACUCACAUCCGAGGUUCAUAGAUUUACAUUAGACAUUCUUUCAUCGCUGAUCAUUCAUUUGAAAGGCAAAAUCCCAGAAACUACUUGGGUUUGUAUAUCUAGACUUAUGCACAAGAUGGCAAAAAACCGCAGCUCUUCUGAAUUUUGAAAUUAUAGUAUAUUUUGAUUCAAGUUUUAUUGCAACCCUUUUCUACC